UUGAUGUUUGCAGCCGCUGUGCUCCCCGCCGUAGAUUACGCGAAACCGCCAUCGGGCUAGAUCGACACGCUAAUCCGCGUCACGUGCCGGCACUACCGUCGACAUCGCUGCACAUCUCUACGAGCCCCAGACACCUCCCGAGUGCUUUCGGUCGCGCGCGAUCCCUUGUAGCAGACAGACCUACCUCAACACCACAUUUCGCUCCUCGCCCGCUGGAUACCACAUGCUGUGACCUUGGCAUCUGCCAUUUCAAACCACUGACUUACACUUUUCUGGCCGACAGUGGCUCAUCUGGCUCCGCCAUGAGUUCAUCCCACCCUCCAUUGACCAAUUUCCCCGUCGCGGCUGCGGUAGAUCCCGCUUUUUGGAACAACCAGGACCACCCAACUAAUCACAAUUCGUCGCCGUUGUCGCUUCACCAUCUGUCGCCGACUACCAGCGUCGCCACUCAGGAAAGCUUGCACAAUUUUACACCUCCUGCCCAAACGCCAAAGUCCGACACAGGCAACAGCACCCCCAGUUCCCAGCCCGCCCAGAACAACCAGAACUCUUCCCAGUCCAGGACAUCGGUCGCUGUCGCAUGCGUCCCAUGUCGGAGUCGGCAUCUGAAGUGCGAUGGAGGUGUCCGGUGCUCAAGGUGUAGAGCCGAUGACGUCGAGUGCACUUAUAUCAAAUCGCGCCGCGGCUGGAAAGGGAAGAGGAAGAAGCCUGGGGAGAAUGGUGCCUCAAGCCUGCCAUCGCCACCUGGUCAAGAUGGUCACCCCAGCUACCAUAAUACUCUCGGCAACCGGAACAUGUCAUUCAGCAGCAGCGGCCAGUCACUUUCACCGGAGUUUGUCCAUCGCACUGAUAUUCCCGUGCCUAAUCAAGUGACUCCCCCUCACGGCCUGCCUAUGGUUCCUGUUGCGGCUGCUCAGCUCAACUUGAAUGGGACCGAAAGAGUGCAACUAAACCAAUUCGGUCACCUUGGGCCACCGACCGCCAUCCAGGCCUUCUAUCAUUACUUCUAUAGAGCCCAUCCUUUCUGUCUACCCCAGCCGCAACUGCUCGUGCUUUUCAGAGAUAGAAAGGCGCCGCUUCUCGAGUAUGCUGUCCAUUACAUUGGGUCCAGUUUUCUAAAGGAGAUCCCAACCGAUAUUUACAAGGAUGCUCUCAAUCAAAGCAUUGACAGCGGCAAUUACAUGCGUGACGGUUUCUCGGUCCAAGCUUUGAUGCUUUUCGCCAUUGGCCUCCACGCCAACAAUGAGGUUCCAAGAGCAGCCCAGAUAUUUGGUAUAGCGCAAACACUGACUCUGGAACUUGGAAUGCACCGCAUCGACUUUGCCAUCAUGAGUGGCAACAGCGACCCGUAUUUGGAGGAAUCCUGGAGGAGAACGUGGUGGUCUAUGUAUUGUGUCAACGGGAUGAUGACCGCCGUCAAUCCAGGGGUUCAAUUUCGACUGAAAGAUGUUGCGAGCGACGUCCCGCUUCCCUGCGAAAACUCCCAAUACUUCGCGGGCCAGAUUCCUUACUUGUAUACGCUCCAAGACUACGAUGACGGACCUUUUGCCCCAACCCAAAUUACCUUCUCUUCUUUCGCCUAUCUUAUAGACGCUAUCCGGAUCCUAGGCAAAGUAUUUGAAUGCUCUCGCCUGGAUGGGCAGUUCGAAUAUCAUGCCGUCGAUGUCGUCGACUCUUACCAAGUCAAUUGGCGCCUUCAUCUUCCACCAUCCAAAUAUGAGAUUGUGGACAACGAUGGCGUCAUCGAUGAGCUGCUUUUUCAAGCCCAUAUGGUUAAUAGCGGUAGUACAAUCAUGCUGCACCGACCCCGGAGUAACCUAGGGUUUGGCAAAGUCGAAAACGUCAAUAUCUGCGUGCAACCAGGACAGGUAUUACUGCCUACACAAACCCGAGAGAUACACACGGCGAAAUGUCUCACAUCCGCGGAGAACAUCUCGAGCCUCAUCAAACUCCCAGGGCCACUCCUAAAACAUACACCCUUCUUCACAUGCGUCGUAGUCAUGGCUUCCGUCGUCCAUCUAUCUUACUGGUCCUUCUUGGUACCGGACGGACAAGACGACAUAAUCAAACAGUCCAUCCGCCUCGACGUUGGGACACUCCAACAAUACUCGAACACGUGGGGUAUUGCUCACGUUGUGUUGGGACAGGUCCGCGGCGUAGCGCACACGCUGUUCAACAGCAAGAAGGCAAUGAGUAUCCAUUUGUGGAACAACAUCGCUCAAGAUGACGUUAUCAGGGAGGUGAUUGCCGAUGGUCAGAUGGAGCCGCUGCAGAACUACAGUCAGCUCUUGGCACCGUGAGUUUAAUCCCACUUCAACAUCAGUACAUCCUUACAUCGUCAUCUCCAUUGGGAAACGGACAUUUUGCUAACAGUCAUUUGCUUCGUAGUAUGAUGAAAUCG